UUCGGUUCCUCUGCUUCAGUUGACGCGCACGCGACGAGCACUUUUCCAGCUCUCUACUCUCCACUCAUUAUCCCUUCCCAUCAAACACACAAGCAAACAAACAACAACAACAAUAACAAAAAAAACUACGACCGGCCUUGUGUAGGAUAUCUUUUUAUAUUCCUAUUUGCCAGGAUAAGUGUCAAAAUAAAAGUGAAUAAGAAAAUCAAAAACAAAGGCAAAUAAUUGUUGUGUGAAAAUUUGUUACAUUUUAUUUUUGCUGUCUUGAACUGAGCCAGCAAUCUGUGCAUGUUAUACACACCCAAGUGUCCUGCAGGACUCGCCAUCGGAUUUUGUGCAUUUACCACAUAUGCCCGCUUUAUGCUGCACACUCGGAUUAUUCACACUUGCCAUAUUUUGCCAUAGAUUUGUCUAAAGUGAAACAAAAUUCACACAGAGUUCUCUAAAGUAAUCCCAAAAAACCGAAGCGACUCGUUUUAAACAGACACACAGACUCCGAGAUGGGCGAACUUGAGGAGAAGGAAACGCCACAGACUGAAACGACAACGGUACAAGAGUCCACGUUGGAUGAGCCCAAGGAGACGGACAAAAUGCUCGAUGCCAAGAAGGAGAAGACACCGAGUCCACAGACAUCUAAGCCAGGUACACCGAAUACUGGCAAGAAGUCACCAGAGGUGCCGCUGGAGGUGCUCUCCAAAAAUGUGGUCGAAAAGCCACUGAACAAUGGCGAGGAGAUCAUCGAUAUACCCACGGAGAAUGGUAACAAACCGGGCGCCGCCAUCGAUGUCACCGAUGAGAAGAAGAUCAGCAAGGAGGAGCGCGAGGUGAAGCCGAAGAAGAUACCGAUUGGUGGACUCAAGUUACCCGGUUUCUUCAUGAAGAACAAGCCAAAGGGGGAGGGCGACGGUGCCGAGGGUGAGCUGCUCGAGAAGGACAAUGAGCAGGAACAGGAGGAGAAAGAGGCCAAUGGAGGUGAUGCCACAACCACACCCAACAAGGAUGAGCAGAAGCCCCGCACCAAUCUCGGCCAGCGUCUGCGCAGCUUCUUUGUGCGCAAACCAGCCGCGGACAAGGAGCAGCAAAAGAAGCAACUAAACAAUGGCGAUGCGGAUGCCAAGUCGGAAGCCACCGCUGAAGCUGCCGCUGUCGAGGAUGCUGAUCCGCCGCCAAAACGUGGUCUACUCAAUGCCAUCAAGCUGCCCAUUGCCAAUAUGAUGCCACGUAAGAAAGCCGGUGACGAUGUCGAACUGGGUCUGGGCAAAGCUGGUCUCGCUUCCAUGGAGACGCUGGAUGACUCACUGAAGGAUCAGGAUACCGUUGAUCGUGCACCACUCAAAACCAAUGGCGCCGAUGAGCUCAAAAGCGAUCUGAAGGAUGAUAAACUGGCCGCUGAGCAGAAACUGGCCGCCGAGGAGGAGGAGCGAGAUCGUCCCAUCUCCCUCUGGUGCCGCCUACUCGGCUACAAGUGCAGCGUGGAUGAUGCACUGAUUGUGUUUGGCAUACUGCUGUUCAUGCUGCUGCUCGCCGUCAUCGGCUAUGUGCUGACCCACGAGACACUAACAUCGCCACCGUUGCGCGAAGGACGCUACAUCUCGGCGGUGACCAGCUGCGGCAUGGUUGAGGGCGUCAAGGAGGAUGGAGCAUUUGCCUUCCGUGGCAUACCAUUUGCCAAGGCGCCCAUUGACGAUUUGCGCUGGCGUCCCGCCCAGCUGAUUGAGAAGAUCGACGAUUGCUGGAAUGGCACGUUGCAGACGCACAAUGAGAGCACGGUGUGCACGCAGAGAUUGGGCAACGGCACAACAAUUGGCGAUGAGGAUUGCUUGUAUUUGGAUGUGGUCACACCACAUGUACGCUAUACGAAUCCACUGCCCGUGGUGGUGCUCAUCGGUGCUGAGUCGCUAACGGGUCCGUCGCCGGGAAUUCUGCGCCCAUCGGCUCGCUACUCACGAUCCCACGAUGUGAUCUUUGUGCGUCCCAAUUUUCGAUUGGGUGUCUUUGGUUUCCUUGCACUGGAUGCACUCACCAAGGAGUCGCAUCCACGCACAUCGGGUAACUAUGCGCUGACGGACAUCGUUGCCGCUCUCAAGUGGAUACAGCGGAACAUUAUGCACUUUGGUGGUGAUCCCAAGUCGGUGACACUGUUGGGUCAUCGUGCCGGUGCCACCUUGGUAUCGACACUGGUCAGCUCGGCCAAGUUGGAGGAAUACUAUACACGCGCCUGGGCCUCCUCUGGAUCGGCCAUCUUUCCGGGCAAACCGCUGCACGAAUCGGAGCGUUCGAAUCAGCAGCUAAUGACCACGCUCGAGUGCCAGGAUGCGGUCUGUCUGCGUGAGACAUCCAGCGAGAAAUUGUGGGCAGCCACACCGGACACCUGGUUCCACUUCCCGACCACAUCGCCCCAGGAACUCGAACUGAGCAAUGCCAAUCGUCACGAGUGGCUGGUACUCGACGGCGACAUACUGCAACAGCAUCCAUCCGAGUCCUGGAAACAGGUGCCCACCGCCAGUCAGUUGCAGCAUCCACGCUACGUGAUGGGCGCCACCGCCCACGAGGCGCAUACGUUAAAGCUGCGCGAACGGCACGCCAAUUGGACUGCAGAGGAGGUGCGCUCGUAUCUGCAGGCCUCCAAACUAGGCGAACUUGGCCUAACCGAUGAGAUCAUUCAGCGUUACAAUGCCACCAAUUAUGCGUCACUGGUGGCCAUCAUAACGGAUAUUCAAACGGUUUGCCCGCUGCUGACAAAUGCCCGCCUUCAGCCGAGUGUGCCCUUCUAUGUGGUCACCCAGGGUGAGGGCGAUGAUCAGUUGGCCACCGUCGAUGCCGAUGUCCAGGCCAUACUGGGACGCUACGAGCCACAUACUGUGGAGCAGCGACGCUUUGUCUCGGCGAUGCAGCAACUCUUCUACUAUUAUGUCUCCCAUGGCACGGUUCAGACAUUUGAAUCGCGUCGCCGGGUCAUCAUUGUCGGGCAGGAUGCUCAGUCGCAGGAGGAUCUGGAGCACUGCAACUACUGGAUUAGCAAGGAUAUUGUGCCGCGCUAUGCGCGCGUCGAUUAAGCCACGAUCAAAAACCAAUCCCAAUCUAAACUCCCUCUAUAAAUCACACAUCAUCUAUGACAACGUUUGGCGAAUUUCUUUACAGCCUUGCAAGAGUUUCGUUUCUUCCCCUUUCGCUUUUAAGCCCCCAACAAAAAACAAAAAAUUACAAUUUCAUUUCGAGUUUAGUUUAGCCUAAGUGAAUCUAGUGUUUAUAUACGAAUUACAUAACUGUACAUUUAGUUCUUCGACAAUUAUUUAAGUUGUAAGUUCUCGUCUAUAUGCAUAUAUGUAGUAGUAUAGCCCGUAACUCCACAGCAGCAUCUUCAUCUAAGUAUAUGUAUGUCUCGACUAAAGCAUAAACAUAAACAUAAACAUAUACAUAUACAAAUGCAUAUAUCUACGAUAAUGUAUUCUUUAAUCUUAACACACACCCAAAACACACACACAAAUAAAACAUAAACAAAAUAUAUACUUGAAAAGUAUUGACAUAAUUCGGCGUCUUUCAACUAUCCAACACACAUAUACAAACACAUACACAUUCUAUAACUCUACGUAU